AUGGCGGGGACAAUUCGCCAUUUAUCCACCUACCACGACAGCACGCCCAAUGCUGCAACACUGAUAAACGAGAUAAACGUGCAGUUGGCUUUGUUCCGAGAUCUACUAAUCCACAUCGGGCAGCCGCACGACAGCCCAGAACUGCGCGAACGGGUCAGGCGGCUCAGACGGACGUGCGUCGAAGCGACGAAGCAAACCAGCCAGCUCGUUCUUCCCACCUGUAAAAAGUCUAGCGGGGACGGCUGCGUCGAACAGCCUCAAUUGGUGCUAUUAUAUUUUAUGUCAAACCUUCUGCUGCGGGAGCUCGCCAAGUGCCACAGACUGGUGCAGUUAGUGCCCAUGGACAUGUCGUCUUAUUACGAAAACCGAGCCGGGCCAUCUAAUUUUGGCAACGUGAUCAGCCAAAUUCUCCUCUGUAAGCAAAUCACGCCGGACUUCAACCAAGAGGAGCUUUGCAGCAUCGCCAAGGACACGCAGGAGAUUACGAGAAUAGUCAGCGACAUACAGGAAUACCUGCCACAACAUGAGACGCUGACUCAUUUAGAGAGCAACAUCGCCCUAAAGGGAGACGAAGUGAACGGCCUAUGGAGGAACAAACGAAGGGGAUCCCUGUACAAGGGCAUGGGUGUACUCUGCUGCAUGUCGCGCCCCAACUACCUCUGA